AGUUACUUCCCUUACUUAGUGUUCCGCCAUAUAGUAACAACUGUCAACAAUGCUAAAUGCAGGAAGUUUGAUUAGUUCGGACUGGCAUAGUACUGCAGAAGGCAGAGACAUGUUGUCAUGUCUCUUCACUAGAAACAAGCAAAGACUAAGAACGUUUGGCCUUCUUGAAAGACCACCUUUGUCUGCACAUAUCGAGGAAGUUCGAUACAAAAUCUUGUUGUCAGGGAAAACUGGUGUUGGCAAGACGUGCACAGUUGCCAAGCUUACAGGGCAUGACAUUCCAAAAACACACACAGAGACAGCAGGGAUUCAGACUAGUACAUGCUACUGGCCAGUUAAAGUCUCAGACCUGAAUAAAGUGAUGUUGUUCAGACUCCAGCUGUGGGACACAGGUGACGGAGCAUGCAAGAAAUUUGAUCACAUUCUACCUGCAUGUACAGACAAGGUGGAUGCUGUUCUUUUUCUGUUUUCGAUAAUUGAUAAGUCAAGUUUUGAUGAGCUUCACCAGCAAAUCAGCCGUCUUACCACACCUAAUGAUAACAUCGCCAGAAUAGUGAUAGCCACAAAAUGUGAUCAGCAUGCCCAUGCAGAAGUUACACAGAGAGAUAUAAGGGACUUUGAGAAAACCUGGAAUAUUCCGGUACUUCGAAUGAAGAAUACAGUCGACAGUAGCCAAUCUGACACUAGUGAUAUCGUUCAUGCUAUGAAUACAAUAUGUGAACAUUUAUGGCAAAGAGAUUUAAUUCUGGCGGGAAAAAUAUCAAAACCUGUACAAGUACAAGAAAUAGAUACAGUGAAGAAAACAUUUACUUCAGAUGAAUAUGUUUGAAACAGAAUUGAGCUGUGCCAUGAGAAAACCAACAAAGAGCAUUUGCGACCAGCAUGGAUCCAGACCAGCCUGCACAUCUGCGCAGGAUCCAUGCUGUUUGCUAACGGUUUCUCUAAUUGCAAUAGGAUUUGAAAGCGAACAGCAUGGAUCCUGACCAGACUGCGCGGAUGCGCAGGCUGGUCUGGAUCCAUGCUGGUCGCAAAUGCACUAUUUUGGUUUUCUCAUGGUGCAGCUCAUUUAUAAACGUAGAAUGAACUGUAAAAUGGUAUAGUGCUAGAGCAGUUUGUCAGUCUUCUAGCCACUAGCUGAGAUGUCAAUAGUGUGAAUCCUUUAUUGAGGAACGAUCUUCUUGAAUCUAGCAAUUUUUACAUGACUGUAUGGCAAACAUUUAUCUAACUAAUAUUGUCUUUGUUUAAUCUGCUUAGAUAUUUUUAUGCCACAAAGAAGAACUGAGUAAGCCUUUAGUUCCAACAGUAACAUUAAACUAUAUGGUAGUUUAAGUUGCUUUCUUAAGACAUAAAAGACAUUUUGUAUGAUGAUAAAGAUUGAGACAUUGGUUUUGGAUGUAUCAGGGUUAAAACAGUUAUGAUGGCUUCUAAGUCAGACUUAGUCAAGAAUAAAUUGAAAAAGAU